UUAUCAAGAGGACUUUUAAGCAGGAUUUCAGCAUGGAUACAGACAACGACUCUAUCGGGGAAAGUAAGCCUGUGUGUCAGUGUGCGGCCAAGUCCGUGGUCCAGCGGUGGCUUCCAGGUUUUCCCAUCGUUCUGUGCUUGCUGAUGUCCCUGAGCUCCAUCACCGUGUGUUUUCUGAUGAGCCUGAAGACCUACCAGCUGGAGAACCGACUGCAGAUGGAGAUGGACAAAGCGUCCAUCUUCCAGCCGCCGCACGGGGCUUGUCUAAACGAGGAUGGGACCCUAAUCCCAGAGUUGAGCACUUCAAUAGGGAAGCUCGUGGAAGAGAAAGUGGUGGUGCUGAUGCCAAAAUCACGGACAGCUAGGGAUGCCGGCCAAGAGUGUUCCUGUCCUCCAGGGCCUCCAGGAAAGCGUGGAAGGAUGGGAAGAAGAGGGGAACCUGGACUUCCUGGCAAGGCUGGACGGGAUGGAUACCCGGGUCCUCUUGGCUUGGAUGGAAAACCAGGUUUUCCAGGUCCCAAGGGAAGCCAGGGACCAGCCGGACCCAAGGGAGAAAAGGGUGACCAAGGAGACAUUGGGCCAAGGGGUCCUCCUAACUACAGCACAUAUGCAGGUCUGCACAGUAAUCAGAUUCUCACCGUCAAGGGUGACCAAGGCCAGGCUGGACCCGCUGGUCCUCCCGGUCCUCCAGGUCCCCCCGGUCCCCGAGGCCCCCCUGGGAACACAGGCAAGGAUGGCCCACGUGGCCCUGCCGGUGAGCCGGGUUUUCCAGGUCGUGAUGGCGUUGAGGGGCCACAAGGAUCGCCUGGGAAGCCGGGAGAAGAUGGUGAGCCUGGCUAUCCAGGACUACAGGGUCCUCCAGGAGCGAAGGGCGAGGCAGGUAUGGGAGAAAAAGGAGAGAGAGGCAUGGAUGGACUCCCAGGAUUAAAGGGAGACAAAGGGGAAAUAGGAGAGCAAGGACCACAGGGACCCAUGGGUUAUCCUGGCGAAAAAGGCGCCACAGGCUCCUCAGACAUCAUCGACUUCAAUGGGAAGCUUCUGGAUGCUUUCCAGGCCAUCGACACCAUCAGUGUUUCGGGCCCACCUGGACCACCUGGACCCCCAGGCCCUGCAGGGGAAAAGGGUGAGCUUGGUUUGCCUGGGCCUGCAGGAGUUGACGGAGAGAAGGGACCUAAAGGUGACAUGGGUGAGACAGGACCGCCUGGCGAGAGAGGAGAGAAGGGCGAGAUGGGGCUCUCUGGGCCUGCUGGUAUGGACGGACACAAAGGAGAGAAAGGCGACUGCAGAAUUGAUGACAACCUGGUUCAGAUGAUUUCCCAGCCAGGCCCACCGGGCCCACCGGGCCCGCCGGGGGUUCCCGGGUCCCCUGGAUCCAUGGGGCUGCAUGGAAUGCCUGGUCCUAAGGGUGAGCCUGGAUUCGGAAUAAAGGGAGAAAAGGGGGACUUAGGUGCUCCUGGACCUAGAGGAUUAGAUGGUGCCGCGGGCUCCGCUGGGCCUGCAGGAUUAGUGGGUCUCCCAGGUGCAAAGGGAGAGAAAGGCAGACCAGGGGAGCCUGGACUAGAUGGUUUCCCGGGCAUGAUGGGAGAGAAAGGUGACCGAGGAGAAAGAGGAGAAAAAGGUGACAGGGGAGGAGUGGGAAAGAGAGGUCUGAAGGGCCAGAAGGGAGAGCAGGGUCCUCCAGGCCUGGACCAGCCUUGUCCUGUGGGCUGUGAUGAGACUAAAGGUGUGUCUGAUGAGGCAGGGCUUUCUUCCCCUCCACCUCCUCCUCUUCCUCCUUCCGGCCCUGAGGCCCCCUGUCCUUUGGGACAGGACGGGCUGCCCAUACCAGGCUGCUGGCACAAGUGAUGACUAACCAGCAGCAUGGAGUCUGUACAUAUUGAUAUGGUAUAUAUAUUGCAAUUGAAUACUACACCAACAACCCACUUCCUUUUUUUCCUAAAACGUUUUAUAUAAUAUAUUGAGAUUUUUUUUUUUUAACAAGGACAUUUUUGAUUCUACAGUAUUACAAAAACUUUUUUAGAGAUCCCGUGUUGUUUAGAAUGCAGCUAUGAUUUUAAAGAGAAGAAACUGAACAGGCAGUUGGACUCUUACUUUGAAAGACAGUCCAGAUGACAGUGUUGGAGUGCCUUGACAGUCUGGCGGCCUAACUAACAAAGCCUGACUUGCUGCCUGAUUGUAAUCACUGUGUGGAUAUAACUGUGUGAGCGUUCAGCCAGACUCAUGGAUGUUUUGAUGGAUGGACAGAUCUCUUUGGGACCUGCAGAUGAGGUGGGUCAGUACUCUCUUCUCCUCUCUGUUUUCUAAAAAGGAGGAAAUGGCGAGACAGAAGCUCAAACGCAAGCGUCUCUCUCAGCCCUGAAGGGACGCGGGGCCUGGUGGAGAAAAGACACAUAGACAGGCAGAGAGCACAAGGGGCAGAUUGGCCUUUAUGAAGCAGAGCAAGUCAUGCCUCAGUGUCACACUGAACACUCAGAUCCUCCGUUAUGGAAACUGUCCAGGAGGGGGCGACAGAGAACCCUGCAUUUCCACAUCCACCUGAGAAGAGGCACUCAUGGCUGAUGAUGCCACGCAACAGCUUGAUAACCAGUCAAAGUUAUUUGGGAGUCACUGACGUCACUGGCACAUAAGGAAGGAUUUUACUUUACACAUACAUUGAACAAGUUGUGGUGAUCUCUUGUACGGCUGUUUUGUAAAGAUUUUCACUAAUUAAAUGCAUGAUCAUAACAAGGCAAAGUAUUGUUUAGAAUCCUGAUAGCUUGUAUGACUUGUGGUUCUUCAUUGAAACCUCAAAAGACAGUUGAUUCAUUUGCAAUAAGCAGCCUUUAAUAGUCUUUCCAUUUUAAUAAGCCACUCAGCGACGUCGGUAAGUCUACCUUUUUAUGGCUUACACUUUUGGCAGUGGUGACUUGUAUGUUUUUUGUUAUACUCUUACCUAUCUUCAUGUCCAGUUACAUUUUGCAUUCCUGUGCAUUGCCAUGUUUGUGGAAUAUAUAGGCCAGAUUUGAAGGAACCACUUACAGUAUUUGUGAUAAACCAGUGUUUCAGUUGACAAAUGAUUGCCAAUCAAAUUAUUUUUCUUAAUAAUUUCCUAUGUAACUGAUGCCUUUUGACUGAUCAUAAUCAUUUAAUCAUUGAUGAAGACAUGUUUAUUUACCGUUGUCCAGUUUGCUCUGGACAACAGUGUAAGUUCUUGCUGCUGACUUAAAUGUGUGUUGUUUGUUUGAUAUUUUUGAAUCAAUAUUAGUCAUUUGGACUGAAGGACUAACAAAGUAUGAAAUGAAUCAAAUGUAUACGCAACCAUUGUUCGGAAGAAGGUUUAUAACUGUCACUUAUUUAGCAUUUUCUGUGCGUGCUUUUUUUUUUUUAAAUUAUCACAACAAGUUUUAGCCUUUGCUCUCCAAUGACUUUUAUUGAUGUUUUGGUCUUUGUAAUACAUUUUUCUCAGAUGGAAUAAUUUCUUGGUGCUUAAAUACUUAUAUGUACCCAUUUUAAAGCUCUGUUUUGCAUAUUUAUAUGCAUUUAAAUGCAAAACCACACACAUGUCCACCUUUACACCUGGAUUGUUGUUUAAAGGAACAUUGAACAAAGGAAAACAGUCAUUGUAUUUGGGUUUAUGGAUGUACCGUUUUGAAAUAUUUGCAUUCAUGUAUACAGGAUGGAGUUUUCAUAGAAUCACUGUUUUGUGCCGUUUACAUGGACAGAAAUACAUACUCACAUGAAUGUAGUGGUGCCCCUAUGAGGUUGGCCAGGUGGCACCGUGGCCCCCCGAUACAAUUACUGGCAAUAUUACUUAAAAUUACAGUCUUUAAGAAUUUAUGGCGCAUUUUUAAAGCUAGGUAGUGUUAUCUUGAGAAACUAGGUAACCUAAGGCAUCCAUUGGUGCCAACCAUUUUGACAUAGCUUGUUGAAAAGUAAUGCUCCAGACUUAGGCUAAAUUUUGUUGAGAGAACAACUGGCAGGGCCGUUUUCAAAGGGGUCCCUUGAACACUCUCAUCAAGAUAUCUGAACGAAAAUGGGAUCUACCCACAAGUCACCGAGUAGGCUAUUUCCCAGUAAAUGUUUUGUUCCUUACACUCAAUGUAUUCCUUCAGAUUAAAACUGUAUAUUUGCUUUUUAAGGAAAAGGACAACCAGCCUAUUUGAAAAACAAUGAAUCACAGUAUAUGUACAACAGAUUAAAGCAGGAUUGUUGUGAAACUCAAAAUGUUAUCUAUACCAGUUUUGGUUUAUGCACAUCAAAUAAUUAUAUUAAUUGUCAAAUAAAAAGCAAAGUAUAUCAGCAUGUGAUUCCUAACUCUCCAUAUUGACAUACUUUUCAACUUGCCUAUAUACUUUAACAGCAUAAGCAAGUUCCUAAAAUUCAGUUUUGGUUUUGGUUUUGGUGUGCCACCUGAAGAUUUACAGUGCCCCUGUCUUGCCCUGAUGAAAAAUCUUUGGGGGCAACACUACAUGAAUAGAAAAUUCA